AUGCCCGACUUGGAGCUCGCCACUCCGACUCUCCCUGCGCUCUGCGUCAGUGCUUCCAGGAGCUCAGUCCGAGUUCCGCUGGGUGCGGCAGGCUCGGGUCUGAGCCCUGCGGGCCGGGCCGCAUCCGUUUUCAGCACUGGACAGUUCCCCGCAGCGGCCGCGGCGCGGUACCAGGCGGGCAGGCGGCCACGCUCUUCCAGGACGGAGUGUUUCAGCACCAGGAACAGCGACUCCGCCGUUGUGCGCCUGGGACCAGACUACCGGACUCCGGAGGCUCAGCGACCCGGCCGCGUUCUCAGGGCACUGCAGUCCUGGGAGCUCACCGCUCCUGAUUCCGAGAGAACGGGCAUCUCCGUCACCACGCAGCUUAGCGCAGCGCAGCUCUCCUCACACGUUUGCAGGGGCGAAGUCCUGCGGCGCUGGCGGCGCUUCUGUUUUUGUCCCUGGACGAUUCUCUCCAGGAUCAAGAAGUCAUUGCUGGCCAUGCAGUGGAAUGUGGGGAAGAUGGCUCCAGCUCUUGCUAUCGACUCUGCCAGAGCCGGCUUCGCGGGGAAGCUUUACCAGCAUCUUGAAGGAUAUGUAGAGGCUUCAGGCUGUUUGUCUCUGUCGGGCCCCGACUCUGUGACUGGCACCGUGGGGGGCUCUCUGAGAGUGUGGUGUCAGUAUGAGAGCACGUACAAGGGAUAUAACAAAUACUGGUGCCGAGGACAGUAUGACACAUCAUGUGAGAGCAUUGUGGAGACCAAGGGAGAAGAGAAGGUGGAGAGGAAUGGCCACGUGUCCAUCAGAGACCAUCCGGAGGCUCUUGCCUUCACUGUGACCAUGCAGAACCUCAAUGAAGAUGAUGCUGGAUCUUACUGGUGCAAAAUUCAGACAGUGUGGAUCCUGGAUUCAUGGUCACGCGAUCCCUCGGCCCUGGUUAGGGUGUAUGUUUCCCCAGGUAAGAGCUCCCCUCACUUCGGCAGCAGGGCUUUAGGGUGUGACAGGACAAGGGAACAAGGGUGGGUGGCAUACUGAAGUGUGCCUCCAAGCCUUGUCUUGUCCUCAGUCACAGUGGUGUUGGGAGGAGCCCAUAGCAUGGGCAUGGAGAGAGGCGGCUGAUCCUUCAGCCUUAGGUGGACUGGGGGGUGCACAGCUCAGGUGCCGUCACUCCCAUGGGGCCCGGGCCUCACCCCAUUACCCAGCAUGGAGGAAGCCCCUCCAUGCUGAGCCAAAGCUGUUUCCACCGUGCCCUUUGGGAAGCCUGUACCAAAGAAGAAACACUCCUGUACAUUUGCAGCCUCCUCACAGAACAUCCUCCUACCAUGCUGUUUUGAAAUAUGUCUUGCUUGGGAAGACCUUCCUGUUUAGUAGCUUCUUGAGUGGAAGCUACUCUUUCUCUUACUCCCCAUAUGCUAGAGGGCUGUGGAGCCAUGCCUCAAUUCUUCCUGCCCCCGUCACAACUUCUGCCCUGUGACUUUCCACCUGCUUCCUUUAAAUGUUGUGCCAGAUGGCCACACACACCUUCUAUCUGUGCUCGACAAGGCUGUCCAUCAGCUUCCAGGCUGCUCCCCCUCAUUCAGCGGGGACCUGCCAGUGCCUCCACUUCAACCUCUGCCAUUAUCUUGGCAGGUUUUAAUGAAUAACUUGGCAAUCUUGCCUUGGGUUCCUUAACAUUCUCAACCUUAGUGUCCUUUAUUUUCCACUCUCUUCAGAAUCGCACCCCAAGGAAACAUCUCAGAGCUUGUCAUCACCCAACCUGGUUGCUGCUCAGAGUCUUACACUCAUACAUUCUAUUUUUUGACAACUUUUCAUCGAUCAGCUCUCCCCCAUCCUCAUGCCACUGUCCCUAUUCUCAACCUUGUAGUGACCUUCUGUCUUCUGAUCCUUCCCUCCAUUUUCCCCAAUUUAUUGUCCCCGUCACUCCUGUUCUGACCUCACUUCCUUCCUAGGCCACUUUGAGCCCCUGAAAUAUAUCACAUUCUCUUUUUUUCUCUCCUUUUUGAGACAUGGCCUCACUCUG